UGGAAUCGUUUCUAUAAUUUUGAAUCAUCGCAUAAAAAUCUCUUCAAAUUUUAAGAUAAAAAUGAGUACUCUUUUUCAAAUGCACUUGUUUUUUUCCCUUAAAACUUGAAAGAAACUAGUUUUGAAAGGAAAAACACAUAAACCGAAGCGAAAGGUAAAGCAAACCCAUUCUAGAAUAGAUUAAAAAAAGUGUCGAGCGUCACCACCUGAACAGAAUUCCUAAGUGCUUAGUGGAAAUCAGUCAGCUCCGGUAUGAUCAUCAAUGGCAGUACAAGAUAUGUUCUUCUAUCUUUGCUUCAAAGCAAUCCCCCAUUUUCACUUCUCUAUUCUCCUUCUUCCCUUUCUUAAUCCCGCAAUGAAAUGAAAUUCCAGAGCUCCACGUUCUCGAUUCACAUUUUCCCAUCAUUUUGCGAAAUGGGUUCUCUGUUUUCAUCCUCAUUCUUCUUCUUCUUCUUCUUCCUCCUCCUUCUUCUAUCACAACCAUUUUUUCUAAAUUUGACCCAAUGUUCGCCUCAUGAAUCGUUGGAGUAUAUAUCCGCCAUUGGAGACCCUGGAAUGAAGAACCCAAACGUUAGAGUUGCAUUUGAGGCAUGGAAUUUUUGUAAUGAAGUUGGAGCUGAAGCUCCUCACAUGGGCAGCCCCAGAUUGGCUGAUUGUGCUGAUUUGCGAACCCCAUUUGCUUCUGAUCAACAAGAUUGUUCUGGUCUUGAAGGAGAUAACAACUGUUUGGUACUCCAGAAAGUAAGUGAAGCAGAUAAUAAACUUGGGGCUGGCGAAAAAUUCCCAUCAGAGCGUUUUAAGUCAUACCAAGAUCCAGAUUUGUAUGUCGUGGAGAAGGAGCGCUAUCUUGGUUCACUAUGUGAGGUUCAUGAUUCUUCGAAUCCAUGGAGUUUCUGGAUGAUUAUGCUAAAGAAUGGGAAUUUUGACAAGAACUCUACUCUCUGCCCUGAAAAUGGAAAGAAUAUUACUAAACUUAUUACUGACAGAAAGUUCCCGUGUUUUGGCAAAGGUUGUAUGAACCAGCCUAUUAUCUACCAUAACUAUUCGAGAUUGGUGUCUUUCGGCAAACGAAUGGUGUCUUUAACUGGUGGUUUCUAUGGAACCUAUGAACUAGAUGCUGAUCUGAGUGAUGGUAUAGGGAAGAACUCUUACUUUUCAGUCUCCUGGCACAAGAAUGUUAGCACAGGGAGUUGGAUAUUUUCAAAUCGAUUGAUGACAUCUUCUAAGUAUCCCUGGCUUAUGCUGUACCUCCGAUCUGAUGCAACAACGGGGUUCAAUGGUGGAUAUCACUAUGAUGGUCGUGGCAUUAUGAGAAAGUUGCCCGAGUCCCCAAAUUUCAAAGUGAGAUUAACACUUGACAUUAAAAAUGGAGGUGGAAAAAACAGCCAAUUUUAUCUCAUUGACAUAGGAAGCUGUUGGAAGAACAAUGGAGAUGCUUGCAACGGCGACACUACGACUGAUGUAACUCGAUACAGUGAAAUGAUCAUCAACCCCGAAACUAGUAGCUGGUGUAGGCCGAACAAUCUUGUGUCGUGUCCACCUUAUCAUGUUAGUGCUUCAGGUGAGAAGAUAUACAGGAAUGAGACAUCAAGAUUUCCAUAUUCAGCUUAUCACCUGUACUGCAGUCCUGGAAAUGCUAUGCAUUUGGAGAAACCAUAUGACAUUUGUGAUCCAUAUAGCAAUCCACAGGCUCAAGAGUUGCUACAAAUUCUUCCACAUCCUGAAUGGGCUGUACAUGGUUAUCCAAAGAAGCAAGGAGAUGGAUGGGUUGGAGAUCCUAGAACUUGGGAGCUCGAUGUAGGAGCUUUGUCGAACCGCUUGUACUUCUACCAGGAUCCGGGAACGAAGCCAGCAAGGCGGGUAUGGACUUCGAUCAAUGUUGGUGUAGAAAUAUAUAUUAGUGAAGGGGCAACAGCAGAGUGGAGUGUAAGUGAUUUUGAUGUCAUUGUUCCACCAGAUGCUAGGGAUGCCAAUUGCUGCUCUUAUUGACUCACUGCUCUUAACUUAUCAUGUAAUAUAUCAAUUAGUAUCAUCAUGUCAAUUUUCCUCUUCAUCUUCCCCCUUUGGCAUCCUUCAAAAAUACUUGCCACUUUAUUGUUUCAAUAACUAGAGGCUCCUUAGGAAGUUCUUCCUUCCUCUCACACAAGCCAUUCUACUAUAUAAUUAUGUGUUGUUGAUUGAAGGAACUCAAUCUAGUUAAGUGUUUAUGGCAACAAAUAUUAAAUAAAGUAAUAAAGUUUCUAUACUCUGAAAAAAUGUUUACU